AUGGAAAUCUGGGCCGUGGAGGGCAUUGUCCACUCCAUUCUCCACUUCUUGGACUUAGCCAGCUUCGACGCCGUGCUGAGCUUCCUCCAAGACAAACCAGAGUUCCAAGGCUAUUUGCAGGACGCUCUGUUGUGGUCGGAGCUCUCGAAGGUGCACUUCGGCGGCCAACGAGACAUGGAGACGAACGCUGACGCCGACUCGGAUCAUGGUCGGACCUGGGACUGGACUAGCCGUGAGCGCGCAUGUGCCGAAUUGCAGGCGUUUCUGCAGUCUAUGGACGAUCUGGCGCGCUUUGAAGAAGCGGUGACUAUCGUGGAAGGCGAUAUCCAGCACAUUGACAAUAUCGACGGAAAACCACUCGACGGCAUCGCAUUUCCGACCAACUCGGGGCUAGUAAAUCCCCAUACCGCGUCUGCUGGCGCAGUCUUCCGUCGUGCUGGCCGUGGCCUCGACGAGUUUGUAGGCGACCAAGCCUUUCGCGAUGGACUCGCCAAUGGGUCCAGAUGGCUUCCAGUGGGGUCUGCUGUUGUCACUCCAGCCUUUGAAGCUGGCGUGAGCAAACUCAUUCACUGUGUGGGUCCCGGUGUCGGCACGGCGGAUUGCUACGAGCUGCUCCGUCAAACGUACGAGAACGCCAUGAAUCGAGUGGUGAGCGAAAACCUCCAGUGUGUCGCGAUGGUGUCCAUUUCCACGGGCAACCUCGGCGUUCCCUGUGUGAAAGGGGCUCAGGUAGCGCUGCGUACGAUUCAGAAGUUCUUGGCGAAACGAACCUGGCAGGGAAAACUGGCAGUGGUUUGCAACGAUGAGCGUGUUUUGAGAGCGUUCACGGACGAGAAGGCGACCGUAAUGCAGAGCUUCAACGUUAUCCCGCCACUCCCCAAAGCCGACGCGGCAGCUGUUUGGUUCUCGUUGUGA